AUGUUCUGGUCCAGUUUCGCAGACUGGAAAGGUCGCAGACCAUUAUACAUCAUCUCACUAUCAGUCUACAUCGUGGCAAAUAUCCUCCUUGCAGUUGUACCAGCCAACUAUGGGGCUCUUACUGUCCUGCGCAUAGUGCAGGCAUUCGGAUCUUCCGCUGUUGUCUCAUUGGGAGCUGGAACGGUAGCAGAUCUCAUAGAGCCAAGCAAACGAGCACGCGCAAUGUCCUACUUCAUGUUCGGACCCCAAUGCGGCCCAAUCCUAGGCCCAUUAAUCGGCGGUGCAAUCGUCGACAGGACAUCCUGGCGAUGGAUUUUUGGAUUCCUCGCGAUAUCAAGCACAAUCCUCUAUCUCAUCCUACUCCUUACCCUCCCCGAAACCCUACGUGCGCGCGUCGGAAACGGAAACUUGUACAGCGAUAAACCGUACCUCCUUUUUCCAAUAGCAUUGACUGCAAAGCCAGUCCCUGAAUCAGAAAGGGGCCCUCCGCCGCCCAAACCGACUUUGGGAGGAUACUGGCGUCUCUUCCGUUGCCCUCCAAUUGGGAUUUCGUGUAUCAAUACGGCGGUCCUUUACUCAUCCUACUUCUGUAUGGCUGUUCAACUUCCUACUGCCCUCGGUCGUGUAUAUCAUUGGUCGAGUACUGCUGUUGGGGCUGGGUACCUUGUUGCUGGGUUUACCAUGGUUAUUGGGUCUAUUAUUUCGGGGCGUUUCUCGGACUGGAAAAGGAAGAUGGCUAUGAAGGCUUAUGGGGUGGAGAAUGUUUCUUCGGAGGAGAGAUUGGAUGAUUUGGGCUGGGGCUUGGUUGUUGCGUGUGUUGGGUUAGGGGACUUUGGGUUUCUAGUUCAGUAUGGGAUUCAUCCUGGGGUGGUGUUGCUCGCUACCUUUUUUGUUGGGUUUGGGAUGUCUUGGAUGUUCGUUGCUUCUAAUGUCUUUUUGACGUCUUGUGUUGCUCAGCAGGCUGCUGGUGCUUUUGCUCUGGGAAAUAUGUUAUGA